AAUAAAUGGCAUUAUAUUAUAUAAAUUAAGAAAUCUUGCAAAUUGAUCUCCAUUUUUUACCUUCAUAGGAUUCUUGGAAAUCCUUGAGUUGAAGCCCUCGUGUUCCCUUCUUCUCCAAAUUCUCUUCGUUUAUGAGAAAGAUGGCUGAAUAAAAAUAGUUGAAGUGUUGAUCUUGUGAGGAAAUCAAAGUUGGUAACUUGGUUGUUGUUAAAUUUGUUCAUCUAUGGGUGAGACAGGAAAGCGGUUUCGAGGCCAGAAGGACAACUAUGGGGAUGGCAAGAAGAAUCAGAGACGACGGACUGACAAGGAAGAUAAGGGUGGUGAUGAGUUAAUUGCAUACAGGAUAUUGUGUCCUGAUACGGUGAUUGGUAGCGUGAUUGGUAAAGCCGGGAAAGUGAUAAAUUCUAUAAGACAGGAGACUAGAGCGAAGGUGAAGGUGGUGGACCCAUUUCCUGGUGCCAAGGAAAGGGUUAUCACUAUCUAUUGCUAUGUAAAGGAGAAGGUAGAAGUUGAAUUUGAUGAGGAAUAUGACAAUGAUACGCCGCUUUGCCCUGCACAAGAUGCUCUUUUAAGAAUGCAUGCUGCCAUUGCUAAUGCAGUGGGCAGCUUGGGUGACCCUGAGAGGAGGCAAAUGGAUAAAGAGGAAUGCAACAUUCUUGUCCCAGCUAGCCAGUCGGCCAAUGUGAUUGGCAAGUCUGGGAUCACUAUAAAGAAAUUGAGGAGCAAAACCAGGGCUAAUAUUAAGGUCACUCGUAAGGACGAUGCAGACCCGAGUCAUUCAUGUGCUAUGAGUUUUGACAAUUUUGUCCAGAUUUCUGGAGAUUCCGAGGCUGUGAAGAAAGCACUGUUUGCUGUUUCUGCAAUCAUGUACAAGUUUGGUUCUAAAGAAGAAAUUUCCCUUGACACUAGUGUGCCAGACGUUGCACCAAGCAUUAUUAUUCCUGCUGACAUGCCUAUAUAUCCAGCCAGUGGAUUCUACACCGAUCCCGUAGCUCCUCCUAGGUCUGCACCUUCUUUAAUUGAUGCUCGUGCCCCCGAAAUUUCUGUUCCAGGCUUUGCAGAUACAGGAAGCAUGUGGUCUCUUGUUGUCCCUAGUUAUGGUGGAACUACUCGGUCUGAGGAGUUGACAGUACGGGUUUUAUGCCCUUCUGAUAUGAUCGGACGUGUCAUUGGGAGGGGAGGGUGUACUAUUAAAAGUGUAAGACAGGCCAGUGGUGCACAUAUUGAGGUGGAUGAUUCUAAGGUUACCAAAGAUAAGUGCAGCGAAUGUGUGAUCACCAUAACUACAACUGAGUCAUUGGAUGACUUACAAUCGAAGGCAGUUGAAGCUGUUCUAUUACUUCAAGAGAAGAUCAAUGAAGAUGCUGAAAAUGUUAGCAUGCGUCUUCUCAUUCCAUCUAGGAAUAUUGGGUGCAUCAUAGGGAAAAGUGGUUCGAUCAUCAAUGAGAUCAGGAAAAGAACCAGGGCUGAUAUACGGAUCUCAAAAGGAGAGAAGCCAAAGAUUGCUGAUGAUGGUGAUGAAUAUGUUGUGGUAUCUGGAGAAGUAAAAAGUGUCAGAGAUGCACUUAUACAGAUUGUUUUAAGGCUCCGUGAUGAUUCACUGAAAGAUAAGGAUGGCGCUAGUAAUCACUCUGUUGCUCCUGAUUCUUUAUAUGCUAGUAGCAGUGGUCUUUCAUUGCCUCCUGUCCUACAAUCAGUUCCCCCAGCCAACCCUUUGGGGUAUGAACCAAGAAACGAGUCUGGGAGUGGGGCUGGCAUGUUUUCAUCAAAUGGCCAUUACAAAUAUGGAUCUUUAUCGAUGGGAGAUGAUCUUUAUGGAUCCUCUUAUUCAUCGAAGCUUUAUGGAGGAGGAUUGCUGCCUUCCUCUACUCUGGAGAUAUUGAUUCCUGCUAAUGCAGUGAGUAAAGUUUUUGGGAAAAAUGGGGCUAAUUUUGCAAAUAUUCGUCAGAUAUCAGGAGCUGUUAUAGAGAUUUCUGAGCCAAAAUCUUCUCGUGGAGAUCGUGUGGCGCAUAUAUCUGGUACACCUGAGCAGAAGCGUUCAGCCGAAAACUUGAUUCAAGCCUUUAUUAUGGCAACUUAGCUUCUCAGGUUAUUUUCUUGGUAGAAAAGUUGAAAUCCGACACUCAGGGUUUGCUCCUCACUGUUGUCCUCUAUAUCUUCUCUAGGCUAUUCCACCAGAGCUCCAUGAUAAUAGGUUAUUCCAGCAGAUUGUAUGCCUUCCAUAAAAAUGCCAUUCAGGAUCUUGCGAGAAGAUUUGCGCCCAGAUCUAUCUAAGUGGAGCCUAGGUUUCAUGGGUGCUUAGUACUUAGUCUACUCAUCUUUUGUGGGGUGGCUUACUUUAGCUAGGAUCUUUCGUUCCUUUCUUGAUGUUCUAUAAUCUAUAUUCCAGCAGUUUCUGCUGUUUGACUAUGUGCUAUCCUUUCUUCUACUGACCAUAAUUAUCAUACGGGUGUUUAAUGUUAUGGUGUUUCAAUGUU